UUGGGGAAACAUUCUUCCAUUUCAUUAUUUUCUCAAAUAUAAGAAAAACUGUGGUAUCCCUUUACUUAAUCAUUAUUCUAUAAAAAUUUUCUAUAUUACAUUCUCUAGGUAAAAUAUAGAGAUUUGUUAAUCUUCUUUUAGAUGUACCACAAAAUAAUAAUUUGGGGCAUUUUGAUUCAUGUUUUCAUCUUGCAAGUAUCAAUUCACAUCACUGGAGUUACAUCACAGAGAAAAUCCCUUCAUAACUCACUUUAUUUAACUGAAUAAGUUGACCAUCAAGAAUAUUUAAUACUGAAAUAUACAUCUUCAUUUUGACUUAAGUCCAUGAACAAGAGCAACGACAGUCAUGAAUGCAAGAAAUGUAAGUACUCCAAAGGUUUUCAUUCUCUUGGGCUUCUCUGACCAUCCCUGGUUGGAAAUGCCACUCUUCAUAAUAGUGCUUGCAGCUUACAUCUGCACACUAGUAGGAAACAUCUCAAUUAUAGUGGUAUCCAGAGUAGAUCCGAAUCUUGACAGCCCUAUGUACUUCUUCCUUUCCAACCUCUCCUUGGACCUUUGUUUUACCACAACCACCAUCCCUCAACUGCUGCUAAACCUCUGGGGCCCAGAUAAGUCUAUCAGCUACGGAGGCUGUGUGACUCAGUUUUAUAUGUUUCACUUUUGGGGGGCCACCGAAUGCAUCCUCUUAGCUGUGAUGUCCUUGGAUCGUUACAUGGCCAUCUGCAAGCCUUUGAGGUACCCAGUCAUCAUGCAUCAGCAACUCUGUAUCUUCCUAGUGGUCAUGGCAUGGCUAAGUGGUUUGGUCAACUCCUUGCUUCAGUCAUCCCUCACCAUCCAGCUGCCACUUUGUGGCAACAACAAGGUAGAUGAUUUCCUGUGUGAGGUCCCAGUGAUGAUCAAGAUGUCAUGUACUGAUACCACAUUCAAUGUAGCUAUGCUCUCCAUUGUGGGAACAUUCUAUUCCCUCGUUCCCUUGUCACUUAUUCUUGUCUCCUAUGGGUUCAUCGUAGCUACAGUGCUCAGAAUUCAGUCCUCAGAGGGAAAGAAGAAGGCCUUUAACACAUGUAGUUCUCAUAUUAUUGCUGUAUCUCUCUUCUAUGGGCCAGUAAUUAGCAUGUAUGUGCAACCUUCUGCUGCUAACUCCCAGGAUAGGAACAAACUCAUGUCCCUAUUCUACAGCUUGGUGACUCCUAUGCUUGAUCCUUUUAUUUAUACUUUGAGGAACAAAGACAUGAAAGGGGCAAUGAUGAGGCUUCUUGUCUCAUUGUACCAUCAAAGAAGAGGAUAA